AUGACAAGCUGCAUGAACACGAGGAUCAACUUUCAAGGGCGCGCGUACCACGUUCACGUUCAUGCGCAAAGAGAACAUGCGCUAAACAUACAGCUUACCACGACUUGUUCCAGGUCCGACACGCGGAGCAGAGGCCCCCAUGACCCCCCGGUUGUCUCGUCUUGCCUUUUCAUUCCAGGCAAGGGCAGAGAGAAUCAUAUGCAAUAUUCGACGGGACAAAAUACAUCGCCAGCUUUUCCAAAUGACCAAAGAGCUGGACAAAAACGAGGACGCGCACACCCUCCUCUCCUCUUCUCCCGCUCUCCUGGGUGGGGGAGGAGGUCCAUACCAUCCAUACCCUCGAAGCCACCAGCUCUAACUGGACCCACAAGCGAGGAAAAUCCAGCCGUAGAGUUUGACGGUUUGUUUCGAUUCAGCUUGCACGCCCCAAGUGAUGUCGCGUACGAUUACGAGAGGCCAAUUCGAACAGUCCACCCACCCAUGGCCAGGCUAGGGACGUGCACGGGGGGCACUCGUCUGGCCUUAUCCCUUCCGGGAAACACUGCAGUCUAA